GUGAAACUAGGUCAUUCGCCUCGGUAUUCGGGUCAGAGUAACUCUCUGUGUUGGAAGGUGUGAAACAGCGUAGACGCCAUAUAUUUACAAAUUUAUGUAUUCCAAGAGGGAAGCCAGCGGUCCUCCACGAGAUGGAUGAGGAUGGGAGGGAGAAAGAGAUUGUGCGUUUACCAGCAUCAUCUAACUCACGUCCACACAAGUGUGAGGUGUGUUCUAGACAAUUUCGAGAGAUAGCAACAUUACGUAAACAUGAACAGUUGCACCGUGCUGACCGGCCAUAUGUCUGUACAACAUGUGGGAAGUCUUUCCUAUGGUCGUCUAACUUGAAAGUCCAUGAACGUGUCCAUACUGGAGAAAGGCCGUAUAAGUGCAAAAUAUGUCACAGAUGUUUCACACAAUCCAAUGACUUACGUCGUCAUGAGAGAAAUGUUCACAUGCGAGGUAAACUUGUUAACUACCGAUCAACCGGGGCCAGAGCGGCGAGCAGUUCCGGACAGGUGAACAUGGCUGCCUAUCAGGCAUUUGCCAUGCAGCAGCGUGCCCUACUACAGCAUGCUCUUACAUACGAAACGAUAAUGCACAGUGCUGCAGCCGUCACCCAGAGCCACUAUAUGGGGCCUCCUUCUGACUCGUCCAUUCUGCCCGCCCCAAAACGAGACCAGUGUGACCUGGCCGUGUCUACCUCAACCGACAGUAUGUAUCGCUCUCAUAAAACUCCCAGUCCAAUCAAGCUUGAACAGGUCACUCCUCCAUCAACACCUGGUGACGAGGUCCAUCAAUCAGAUGGCCAGAACAGUCGCCCACUAUCCAAUCAAAACUCUUCUGACUCCGAACUUAGGAACCUUCAGAGGCAGAUGUCAAAUGAAUAUGGCAAGAUCUCCUUGACGACAAGCAGCAGUGUGAUCCACUCGCCUCCAGCACUAUCCUCAUCCACAUACCUCAGUCAACGUAGUCACACAUCUGACGGAGCUAGUCCUCACAAGAACGGACUGGUAUCUCCACACUCUCACUGUCCUAGUAUAUCAGGAAUGACCACUCUACCUCAGCCAGUUCCUCUCCCUCCCAUCUCCUCAAUCUAUGGGGUUCAGACAUCUACCUCAGAUCGUGCCGACCGUGUCAUAGACCUCAGCAUGAACAAGUCCAUCAGCAGUGGGGACUCCGAUGACGGCGACUGGAAAGGAGGCAACUCUUCCUUCGUAUCUAAAUCUCCACAGAUGUCCGAGACUGAAAGCGAGGAGAAGCGUGAUGUGACAACGACUUCUGAAACCCCAACAGUAGACUCUGGAAUCCAUCACUGUCCGCAUUGUAACCUGUUCUUUCAGGAUUUCACUAUGUUCCACCUGCAUCAGUCUCUACACCCAUUGGACCACGAUCCUUUUAGGUGUCCAAGCUGUCAGAAGUGCUGUCAGGACCGCAUCGAGUUCAUGUUCCACAUUGUGUGGCAUGUCAAGUAUCCACACACCAUCCCGAACUACCAGCCCUUCAAGGAGAGCUACCUCACUUAAUCAAAAGUCCCUCACUGAGCUGACAGAAAUCAGCUAUAAGGGGGACAACCUGGACAUAUGUUGGACUGGCGACACAUUUAGUGCUACACCACGCUCCUGUCCGCUGAUAAAGGGGCGGUGUGCAGGAGGCCAAAGCUACCUCUUAUUGAUGAUGAUUAGCGGGUAUUAUUAAGUUCCUCGUCGAUCUGACGUGGGGUGACAGGGGAUAUUGUCCCCUGAACUUACAGCAGACAAAUAUACUGCGAGUUUUUAUCUCAUCAAUGUAUAUUAAUUGCUUUAAUUUGUUGAUUUAUAUGAACGUACAGAUAUAGAUAUAUAUCAGAAUCAACACACACUGCCAUUUAUAAUGAAUAUCCCGGUAACUUACUCGACACCUCUUCAAAAAGGGGAACAACCAUUUUUUUUUUUUUUUAGUAAACCAUGACAAUUCUAGAGAUAAUGAUGGAACACAUAACUUGUUGAAGCGUUCUAACAGAGAUGGGCAUCGUCCACUCAUAUUCAUUUAUACAAUGGUUGGUUUAUUUUUUAUGUCUAAUGUUGAUAUUGGAAUAAUAUGCAGGAAUGGAGAUCCUUAAUACCGGUUCAUAAAUGUACUGUAGAUUUAAGCCGAUCUUUAGGCUUCUCAAUGAUCUGUUAAGUAUUGAACAUUGUAAAUAUGAUAUAUAUAGACUGUUAAACGAGUAUUUGUUUUCUCCAUAUUUGACCCAGUGCUUUGGGGGGAUUUAUUUGUAUUUCAAUCAUGCAACUGUCAGUCUGUCCAUUCUUUAAACAUGGAUAUAAUUAAAACCAUAAGUUAACAUAAUUUGUAUUGAUCUUGUCACACCUUGAAUGAGUCUUAAGUUUUUAAGGAGUCCAUGCUCAUCUUAAUAUAAUUUACUUGGUUAGAAUUUAAUUUAAUUUUGAGCAUUAAGAUAACUUUUGCUUAAAAUUUUACUCUUCAGAUAUAGACUGUUACAAAGUUGGACUCUUAGCAGUGGAAUAAUUUCUGAUACCCUUUAAAGGUUGGAGAAGUUUUACGUAAGAUUAACAGUUAAUGGUAGUUCAGGCUUCGUUUGUAUUAUUACCGCAAGUAUACUUUUUCAAUUUUUUACCUAAAUCUAUAUUUUUUGUUUAAGAGUCAGUUUAAAUCUCUCUACCGACACUUUCCUCUUUAUUUUUAUCCCCUUAACUCAAAUGAUUGGUGAACUACUACACUUGGUGCUUUUACCAAAAUAUGUGUUCUUCAUAAGUAUGUGCCAUACAACACAAUAAUGUUUCGUCAAAACUAGAAUAUUUGUAUAACAUUAAGCAUAAUGGAGUAUAGGUACCGGAACACUAUGUUCUGGAAUAACAUUGAACUCCAUACAAGGGCUGGACACCUGCUGGACAGUCAAACAUACCAAAACAACCAAAACAUAUCUAAUAGUUGUGCUGGACUUUGAAAGUUAAGAUUGCUGAUCUUAUUUAUCCAACAAUGUAUUCAGUUUAUUGCCAAAUAUUCUUAACUCUUUCAUCAAGACGUAGGAUAUUUAUCUUCAUAACAAGUGCUGAUUUUGUUUUUAUUGAAAGAUUUUUCCAAGACAGAUAUUUUAUUAGUGGAACAGAAGAACUUUGCUCCUCUUUCCUGCGAUAUGGAUGGAAUUUUACUUUUAAGUAUUGGUUAUUGAUAUAAAACAUUUUAUGUCAAAAAUUUAGCUAUGAAAAUGUGUCGGUAUUUGUUUCAUCUUACACAAAAUGUUGUGUUAUAUUUUGUCAAAUAUACCCUUUAAUUUUCAAUACUGUUUGUUGUAUUGUGUUUUAAAUAAUUGUUUGAAAAAAUCAUAGUGACAUUAUUUACCAGAAAAAUGACUUCAUCUACACAGGUGUGCCAGCCCUAGUAGACACACGAGUUCACCAUCAUACACUACAGACUGCAGUUUUAGGUUUUAUUCAUAAACUGGGAUACAGUAUUUUUAAAUAUUUUUUGUUUUUAUUAAUCAAAUUGGUUAAAUAAUUUCUAAAUAUAUUAAAUGACAAUUUUUUUUUUAAUUUUUUUUUUUAUAUAAAAUGACUGAAAUAUAUCAAAAAGUCAAUUUUUUGUCAUGAUUUUGAUGGUAUUGAUAAAUUAGAGUGUUUUAAAAUACCUGUUUUAAUUUGUGAUUGAUUGAUGAUGUGAAUUUGUUUAACAUUAAGACAAAUUUGAUCUUAGGAGAUCAUACACUAAUUUAAUAUAUCUCUAUUUGAUGUAAAAAUCACAAAUUUGAAUUUAGAAUUGAAUUUCAGGAAAAUCUUAACAGUAAUUCACAUCUUGUGAAUAAAUAUUAAGAUAACAUUCAUAGAGUACAGUCACCAUGUCAUUAUCAAAUCUACUUUCACCAAACUUUUUUGACUUGUUUCUUUUUUCAUAAAAAUCUUUUAUAUGAUGUUUUGUUAUUAUUGUAGAGACCUGAAUACCAGCUUUGUGUUCGAACGUUCAUGUGCUGCGGUAUAAUGUUGUAUUCAUCUCACACAAUUCUCAUUUUAUUGAUAUGUUAUCUUAUUUCAAUUUUCAAAUUUUGCAAUGAAUUCUAUGUUGUAUUAUUUGCAUAAUAACGUACUUGGUCCUAUGUAUUGGACCUGUCACAUAUUAAACCGUUAGAAAGUCACAAGCCAGCUCCUGUGAGGAGCAUGAUCUUGUACUUGAAACUUGAGUUCCCUUAAACUUGAAUAAAAUCAACCAAAUCAAAACAAUAGAGUAAUAUCCUAGAAUCUUAAUAAACUGAAAUGAAUCUCGUUUCGAAUCUCGACAUUUUGAGUACAGAUCAUUGUUGACACUAAUUAAGGGGCCUGGGUUUGAUAUUAUUUUUGUACGCUUUCUAAUGAUCAAUAAUUGUUGUGUGCUUUAGUAAUCUUCCAUCAAUGUUUUUUAAAACCUUCAACAUAUUCCAGUGAAUUAACCGGUGAUUCAGAGAAGAAAUAGUAUUUUCCUUUUGUAUAAAUAAAACAUUUCUAAUUUUAGGUUGAAAUGUUAAACAUAAUUUUUUUUUUUUAUCAUUAUACCCGGUGAUUUCCCAUCCAUUGUGUUCUUUUCUCUUCAUCAUUAUCACAAGCCUGACAGAGUUAGCUCCCCUGUGAGUUAGCUUGUAGUUCUUGUAUAUAAGCCAUUCAACCCCACUGUCCCAUGUAUACACUGAGCUUUGUUUAUAUUGUCAGAAGUUAAGAUUUUCUUAUGCUAUAUAUGUGUUAUAUGAUUGUUCACGACACGGGUGAUUUAUAAUCAUGAAAAAAAAAAUUGUAAAAAAAAAGGUAUAUAUGUACUCAUCUUCAUGUUUCAUAGAGCAAAAUUGGUGAUCUAUUUAAAGUAAUGAAAUACAAUUCAGGGGAGAUCACUCUAUCACCUCCAAGCUCCUCCAAGUCGAUGUUUAACAGACAGCCGUCUGUAUUGCCAAUUAAAGGUGGGAGCUAUCAGUGACUUCGAGGUCAUGUUUGGGAUGUGACAUGUUUAUCUUUGGAAGAUUUUGUUGAUCGCUAUUCAGUCUUUUUUCCUACAGGGAGAGAAACUUUGGUUUUGACAGUAAAACAGUAGUUUGUUUUUUAGGAUAAAGAUAAGAUUGUUUGAUCUACAAUAAAUACUCUGCUAUACAAGCUGGCAAAAGAGACUUUAGACAAAUUCUUAAUUUGCUUCCUUGUAUUUGGUGUAAAUUGUAUCCUCACAGAAAAAGUUACUAGAGAUGUAUAAGAAUCUCUCAACUCGUCUGUAAAAGUUACUAGAGAUGUAUAAGAAUCUCUCAACUCUUCUGUAAAAGUUACCAGAGAUGUAUAAGAAUCUCUCAACUCGUCUGUAUAAGUUACCAGAGAUGUAUAAGAAUCUCUCAACUCGUCUGUAAAAGUUACUAGAGAUGUAUAAGAAUCUCUCAACUCGUCUGUAUAAGUUACUAGAGAUGUAUAAGAAUCUCUCAACUCGUCUGUAAAAGUUACUAGAGAUGUAUAAGAAUCUCUCAACUCGUCUGUAAAAGUUACCAGAGAUGUAUAAGAAUCUCUCAACUCGUCUGUAUAAGUUACUAGAGAUGUAUAAGAAUCUCUCAACUCGUCUGUAUAAGUUACUAGAGAUGUAUACGAAUCUCUCCACUUGUCUAGAAGUUAUUAUUUAGGGUCCAAAUGUCUCCAAAUGUCAGCUGUCAGUGUCACAGUAAGGUAUAUGUAUCAUUCUAGACUCUGAAAGUUUUGAGUGUGGGAAAUCUUGUGCCCUUAAUAAGGCACCGCAGAUGGGAGAGCCUAGACGGUAAAUUUGGGUUAUGGGGACUGUAGCCCUUGAUAAUAGAUGUCAAUUUGGGGAGCUUAGUCCUUGGUAAGGUCUGGCUGUUCGGGGAGCUUGGAAGCUCUGUAAAUCAUGUUAUAGGCACUUUGAGCCCUUGGUAAGGUCUGGCUGUUCGGGGAGCUUGGAAGCUCUGUUAAUCAUGUUAUAGGCACUUUGAGCCCUUGGUAAGCCCCGACAGUUCGAGGAGCUUGGAGGUGUUAAUAUCACAUACAUUUUUUGGUCGUGGUCCACUAUUAUUACCUCAGGAGUAUCUUUGUAAGAUUUUUAAAACUAUUUUUUGUUGGUAUUGAUUUUCUUGAAAAGCUUUUUGAUUGGAUAAUUACCAUGAUGACUCAGGAGAUGUUGCCGCCUAUAGUGGGUAGUAUUACACGGCAACUAUUGGAAUCUACCUCAAGCUACCAUGCAGUACUUGUACAUAUCUCGCUAGUGCUGUGUUGCAUCAACAUGCUUAUUUUUCUCAUCAUCCUUUAUAUUAUUAUAGUUAUAUAUAUUCUAUAUAAAUAUCUUUAUAUAUUCAGCACAUUUGCACAAAUCUAUAUAAAAGCUCAUCACAUGAUUACAGUCUUUUUGUAGAGUUGUCAGGCUUGAGAGGGACAUGUCUUGUCACAGGUGGUGAUGCCAUGCCCCCCUUUCUCCUCAAUCUACAUUCUUCUCUUUGUGUAUGUGGAGACUAUGUGGGCAUCAGAUUACAUUUACCUGUACAAAAUUUACUUGUAGAACAAUAACCUGUACAACAAUUACCUGUACAAUAUUUAUCUUUACAAAGAAUUACCUGUACAACAAUUACCUGUACAAUAUUUAUCUUUACAAAGAAUUACCUGUACAACAAUUACCUGUACAAAAUUUACCUGUAGAAUAUUUAUCUGUACAAAAAUUUACCUGUAAAACGAGUACCUGUUCUACCUGUUUUAGUUAUCAAUAAAUCCAUUACCUUUACCAACUGCUGCAAAGCAGAUACCUCAGAACAGAUUGACUUUGACCAGUCAAAUUGGAACUUAAAAAUACAAAAUAUGUACCUCUUUUUAACUGUACAGAUUUACAAAUGUCUGUAAAUAUUAAAUAUUUACGUAAUCCAUUUUGCUUGUUAUGAUAAUGACCUAUCAGGUUUUGAAUUACUGCUAUGAAUGAGUUACCAUUGUAACAACUUAGUAUUUUUUUCUGUAGAAUUUGACAUAAUUUCUGCGAAACUAAAAUGUAAAAACAUGCCACACUUACUUUAAAAUCAGUUCAUUCCUGCACACAGGAAAACACUGUGCACUGUUCAAACCUACCUGCUGAUUAACUGUGACAUUUACCUGUUCAUUAAGUACAGUGUAUGUGUGAGGUAAAAUGUGAGAUAAAAUUUUAUGUAUAUUAAAUAUGAUACAUUUUUUGUUCAUCAGUUUCUGUAUUAAUAAAUCAGGACAUUUUUAUAUAUAGCUCAUGUUCAAAUCUAUAUAUAUUCUUUCAAGAUUAACAUUCUCUGUAACUGUAUUUGAUAGAAAUGUGUUUUUCAUGGUAAAAUACCUCUUUACAUGUAAUUAUACAUGCUAUGUUGAAUACCUCUGAUGGUUUACCUGUUAAACUUACCCUGUAAACAUGAAGAAAGCUGUAAGAAGUUGUUUUAAAAAGCCGAGAAAAGUUGAGUAAAGCCUUAAAAUACUGCUGUCCUGUGACAGGAUUUCCAUGUUAUUAUGUGGUUUAAUUAUAUCGAGGGACUUAGAAAGUGGUAUAAAAGAGAAGAUAGAAAGAAGAGGAAACAUUGAAGUCAAUUUACAAAAGGGUUUACUGUUCGUUACUCUUAAUUAACUUCUAUAUGUGCGUACUUAUUUCUUGUCUGUAAUUAGGUGUUAUGAUGGUAAAGUUUCCUAGGUAAGUCCGGUUGGGAUGUUAAAAUUUUACUGAUUUUAUAUAUUUUCCUGUGAACACAGGUGAUUUAUUUCUGUUGAUUUUGUUAAUUUUUUCAUGAUUUUUGAAGGGAUCCAGUUGAUUCCACAUUAGAAUACAGUACUGUUGUUUUGUUUAAUGAAAUACCGGUUUACUAAGAUAAGUAUUUCCCUUACUAUAAUGUUUAAGAAGUUACCCUGGGUUGGCCUCCUUUUUAGUUGUAUUACAAAGUUAAAUUUGGAGUAAUUUUAGUUGAAUUGGUAAAGACAUUUUUUUUAUUUAAGGUAGGUUAUUUAAGACUGAGGUGAACUUACAUGACCUUUGACACAAAUAACCUAUGACCUCACAUGACCUAUGGAUGUGACGUUGACCUUACAUGACCCCUGGAUAAGGUGAGUUGGCAUGACAAAUGCUGCCUUUUUAACCUUAAUAUAGUCGGUGGGUUGGAACAGCCUUUUUGCUCAUUGCUUUGUUAAUUCUUUUUUGUUACUUUUCUUUAGUUUUUUGUUUCUACGCGGUUAUUUCCCCUUGUUACCCGGGAGAUGACAUUUUGUUGUAUAUGACUUAGUGUAGUAGAUACACUCUCCUAACCUACCAAAGAUUUUGUUACCCCUGAUAUUGUGUUUCUGUACAGGUAUCUGUAGGUUGUGAUAAGGCCAGCCUAGCAAUGUUUUCUUGUACAUUUGCUAUAUUUUAUUGUGUGUUUUAUUAUGUACUAGCCUAAUACAAAAGCAACGUAUGAUUUUGAAGUUCAUCUAUAUAGGAUGUGUAUGUAAUAGAGAAAUUUAGACUUUACUAAUAUGAAUAACAUUAUUUUGUAUAGUUAAGGUCAAGUAAUAUUGACCUCUUGUUCUUCGGGUCACACAGUGACCUUGACAUUCUUUUGUCUUAAUCAGGUCUUAUACGACCUUAAAAAUACCUUGCGCAGAAAAUGAUGACGUCCAUAUUGUAUUACUGACUUCUCUCUGUCUCUGCCUUCCUCCAACUACGUAUUUUGACAAUUGUUUGCUGACAAAUGCAAUAUUUUGAGUACUUUAAGCUCAAUUGUUGACUAUUUUUCACAGAUGCCUUAGAUUUAAACUACCUCGAAAGCCAUUAUUAUAUACAGACCAUCCAAAUUUUUCCAUUGCCACUUGGCCGUUUUAGAUUGGGUUAUACUUUUGAUAUUGUAAAUUAACAUGGCUACCUCAAUGAACGGGCCGUUGUGGGCGAUGGUGUGGGGGCACACCCUCGUGUGUACUAUAUGUGCCUGCUAACAUUCCUGUCGCGCUACAGGACCUUUCUCCUGCCAUUUAGUGUAUUCAGUGCCGGGGUUUAUGAUAAUCAUUGAAUAUGCAACUGGCUUACAACCAGAAUUGUUAUUAUGACGUUUGCUGUUGAAUUUUGUAAUAUUUCUUAAUGAGUUGUAAAGGAAGUGCAGCAUGGAGAAUUGAGAACGCUGCUGUCUGCUCCAUAAUGUAUACUAUGUUGCUUUUCUUGAUUUUGAAGGGUUAAAAUUUGUUUAAUAUUGAAAAAUUGUAAAUGUAUGAAUUUCAGAAUAUCAAAAAUUAUUUUUAAGAACAGUAUGAAACAGAAUUAUUAGACCUAAUAAUUACCUGGGUAAUAUAUAGUUUUGUUUUGUCUGAAAAAAACAAACAAACAAACAAAAAUCUCUGCAGUUGUCUCCCUUUUGUUUUAAAGUAUUAACAAGUUUCUAGCUUAGUUGCUGUACAAUUUUACCCAGAUAGAGGACCGUUACAUUAUGGUACAGACAGUAGAUGUCCUGUGAUGAUGCAAUUCCUGGUUUAAAGAGAGAGGUCUGAUAAUGUCGGCCUCACUCAAUCUGUCAAAUGUUUCACAUUUGUAAUCAUUAUUUUGGAUGCUGUUUACAUACAGCAUAAUCUACCUCUGAGUUGUCAAAUCUGCCUUCAUAUUAUUGUUUGUGUCAUAAAAAGUUGGAAAAUGUGUUUGAUUUGGAAAUAGCAAUGUGAAAAUGUAAAUUCUAACAAGCAAUGUUGAAACUAUGUUGUAUUUCUAUCUUCUAAACAUAAUGUUUUAAUAUAUUUUUUGUAAUAUUGAAAUCCCACAGCAUUUUGGGAUAAUAACCAGUUUCUUUGGUAACUACAAGCUAAGGAGGAUACCAGUAUACAAUCAAAAUUAUUCCUGAAGAAAAAGUUCUGAAUUUUUUUUUUCUUUUUUUUUCACUUUAUAAGAUUUAUAUAUAUAUAAAUAUCAGAUAAGAUUGGCCAAUGGUCACUGUUUGUAAACUGGUCCUCUCCGCCUUAACUGGACCAGCAUCUGGUUCCUGUUGGGGGUAUACUUGGCCACUGUGGCGGGCACCAGAUGGUGAAAUUACACCAUACCAUCUGGUUCCCAUCAACAGUAGUGGUCAGCAUUUGCAUGACCGCUGCGGACGGUCACCACCUGAUGACUGGUUUCUACAGCUUGAAGCUGCCAUAGGUUUAUGUAGAUGUGCCCACUGUAAUCUAUAGAUGUUGUCUUGUUCAAAGGGAAGCUACUCGUACUACAGCUUUUCUGAGUGUGA